CAAUACCGUUCGUUUCAGUUCGAAUCGAAGUCAGUCCCUUUUUUUUGUUAACAGUUUUGACAAUGAGUUUUCGCGGUCUUUCGCUUCUACGCGCGCCGGUUUUACUUUCUAGGGCUGUGCGUGCACCGAUUGCACUACUCUAUAGCUCUGGGAGUGUAUCCACGCGACGAGCGGCCUCGGGAUCGGCCACGACGCCUCCAGUGUCCAACCAGACCAUCUCGCGUGCUGCAUUCACCGAGUACAUCACCGCUCGACGGCUGCUCGAUGCGUCUCAUGCUGCCCCGCUGCUCGAGACGGCCGCCGCGCAUGGCCAUACAGACGCACUGCACAUUCUAGCACUCGACAUGUUCAAGGUUGAGUCGCGAGAGUCGCUGUUCCGUGGAUAUCAAUUGUUAAAAGCAUCGGCUGAUCUCGGACAUGCAUUGUCGCUUUAUCUGCUUGGAUGCAGCCAUCUUGAAGGUCGAUAUAACAUUCCGGUAGACUAUGAGUUAGGGUAUUCUAUGAUUCAGGCUGCAGCUGAUAGGAAUCUGCCGCAAGCCAUGUAUCAUGUGGCUGUAAAGUUGCUUGCUGAAUCCGCGCAACCGCCAGACGAAGCACGGGCUCUCUCCAUGUUGCGAAAGGCUUCAAAAAUUCGAUCGGAUGCGUUGGAGCGGAUUCGGUGUGUAUUGGGCUUGCAUCUGCUAAGAAAGUGGUAUACGACACCAGAAGAGGAGCGAACAAUGCUCGAAAUGGAUGCGUUGAAUGAGGCCCUGCCGCUGCUCCACGCGUUGAAGCAUGGUGGCGGUCCUACUGCAUUUGUUGCGGCCGCCUGGCUUGAGCAUAUUGAAGAAGAUUUGCUGGCUCUUGAUGACUGAUGCUCGAGUCACGCAGCGUUCCCCUCGUUUCCAAAGUGGUUGAUAUUUAGUUACAAGAACAUUUGCUCGUCUCCGUUUCUAAUCCACCUUGUUUCUUAGUAUUGUGAUCCACACCUUCUUCUUUG